UCAUGACCUUCAUCUCGACAUUGAACCGUUUUGCCCCCGUGGCAUCAGUCGCCAAGAGAGCUGUUGCUGUCUCAUCAAAGCCUGCUGUGGCCUCUUUGCUCCAGAAGCGUUUCCAGUCUAGCGGUACCGUCGAGAUGACUGUACGUGAUGCAUUGAACCAAGCUUUAGAAGAAGAGAUGCUUAGAGACGAGAAGGUCUACCUUUUGGGUGAGGAAGUUGCCCAGUACAAUGGUGCUUACAAGGUUACAAAGGGUCUUUUGGACAAGUUCGGCCCCAAGCGUGUUAUCGAUACCCCUAUUACUGAGAUGGGUUUGACUGGCUUGGCUGUCGGCUCUGCAAUGGCUGGUCUUAAGCCCGUCUGUGAGUUCAUGACCUUCAACUUUGCCAUGCAGGCUAUUGAUCAAAUUGUCAACUCUGCUGCCAAGACUCACUACAUGUCUGGUGGUAUCGUGACUUGCCCCUCCGUCUUCCGUGGCCCCAACGGUGCCGCUGCUGGUGUAGGUGCCCAACACUCCCAGUGCUUCGCUGCCUGGUACGGUUGUAUUCCUGGCCUCAAAGUCGUUUCCCCCUGGAACUCUGAGGAUGCCAAGGGCUUGUUGAAGGCUGCUAUCCGUGACCCCAACCCUGUUGUUGUUCUCGAAAACGAACUCCAGUACGGUCUUUCUUUCCCCAUGUCUCAGGAGGCUCUCUCUGCUGACUUUGUUCUCCCCAUCGGUAAAGCAAAGGUUGAGCGUGAGGGUAAGGAUAUCACUCUUGUCGCCCAUUCCCGUUCCGUUGGUUUCUGUAUGCAAGCCGCAGAAGAACUCGCCAAGUCCGGUGUCUCUGCUGAGGUCAUCAACUUGCGCUCCAUCAGACCCCUCGAUAUCGAUACCGUCAUCGCUUCUGUCAAGAAAACUCACCGUAUCAUCACUGUUGAAGGUGGCUGGGCAUCAUUUGGUGUUGGCUCCGAGAUUGCUGCACAGAUCAUGGAAUCUGAUGCAUUCAACGUCCUCGACAGCCCCGUCAUCCGUGUUGCUGGUGCCGAUGUUCCUACCCCCUAUGCUGGAAACCUUGAGGCUCUUGCUUUCCCUGACGAGAAAAUCAUUGUCAAGACCGUCAGAGAUGUUUUGGAUAAGAAGCUUUAAAGAAGCAAGAUGCAUAUACAAAAGACUACAUAAAUCACUUACAGAACCCAAAUAUAUAAUAAAUCAACUCACUCACACACUAUCACCAUUCAAAUAAGUAAAUUUCUUCAAAAUAUACCGUUCCCUUUUAUUU